AUGGUUGAUGCGGAUGAUGGCGCGGGCCCGAAAGGGCCUCUUGACGGCAUUUCCGGCAGUCUUGGCUCACAAUACACCCUGCUAUCAAUGGUCGUCAUCCUUUUCUUGUCGUUCGCCUUGUAUAAUUCCGUGGAACUUAUUAUCAUGGUCCUCCUAUCCUUCAAGCGAUUCAGAGGCCUCUACUUCUGGAGUCUUCUCUUAUCCGUCGUGCUCGGGGUGGUUCCAUACUCAGUCGGCUUUCUCCUGAAGUUUUUCACUGAUACGAACCGCUGGGUUUCGGUCACUAUCUUAAGUUUAGGCUGGUGGGUGAUGGUAACCGGCCAAGCGUUCGUGCUCUACUCUCGACUUCAUUUAGUCCUGCGCGACCAACAUAGACUUCGGCAUGUGGUGUACAUGAUUUUCACCAGCGUCCUCAUAUUCCAUCUUCCUACCACCAUUUUGACCUACGGGUCCAACAUCCGCAGUGGCACUUCUUCUCGCUUCGUCACUGGAUACAAUAUCAUGGAGAAAAUUCAGUUGACUGGCUUUAGCGUUCAAGAGGCCAUAUUAUCCGGUUUAUAUUUAUAUGAAACAGCGCGGCUGUUACGUCUUGCGAACAAUCCGCGGUCUCACCGCCGUAUCCAGUACCAACUCAUCGGAAUCAACGUCCUCAUAAUCUUUAUGGACCUCGUUCUCCUGGGGUUCGAAUAUGCCAGCGAAUACGCCGUCCAGAUUACUUUGAAGGCUGCAGUCUACAGUCUUAAACUCAAGCUCGAAUUCGCCGUUCUCGGCAAGCUGGUUGACUUCAUCCGCACCAACCGCGACCACUCGAGUGCCAUGCCCAUGGGUAGCUCGGCACAGCGAUAUGCUGGCCAAGGAGCCGGUUUGCCAUCGACUCGCGCUAAUGAUCGUCACUUUUACGGAGAAUCGACCGCCACAGUGAUGCGCCCAGAGCGGACCAACUCGAGCCAGGAGCAGUUGAACCUCCCAUCAGGCAUCAUCGUCGCCAAGACCGAGUUUUCGACCACGAUAGACAAGCGGGAGACUUCGUUACGGAUGGACGAUUCUGAUUGA